CUGCAAAAAAAUAAUGGCGUUCCCCAGCAGAGCCCUUGUUAUCACAGCUGUGACUGCUCUCUUCCUGUACGUCUUUGGGUUCCCCUUCAGAGCCGCGGUCGGACUAUGCCUGGUCACCUUCCUCGUCACGGGGCGGGCGUACCUGAGACUCUUCAUCAAGACUUUCCCCAGGGACCUCUGGUAUAGUUAUCCGUCUCUCGAUUCCGCUCAGCUCUACUCCACUCUUUCCUCCGUACAGGAUGGGUAAAAACUUGUUCCACAUGCUGCACUAUGCAUGGAUGCACAAGCGGCAGAGAAAGAUCCUUCCGGACCUGUUUGAGGAGCAGGUGGAGCGAACUCCCGACAAGAUGGCGGUGGUGUACGCCAACGACGACCACCGGUGGACCUUCCGCGACCUCAACUCCUACGCCAACUCUGUCGCCAACUACUUUUCCCGGCUGGGUCUUCGUAAGGGUGACACGGUUGCUCUAUUCAUGGAAAAUUCACCCGAGUACAUCGGACUCUAUCUGGGGCUCUGGAAGAUCGGAGUUGUUGUAGCGUUUGUCAACCACAAUUUGAGACACGAGAGCCUCACUCACUGCGUCCGAGUGGCGAAAUCGAGAGCUCUCGUCUUUUCGUCGUCUCUUGCGGCGGCCGUCGCUGACGUCAUGGAUGAACUGGAGGCGGGAGGUGGGAUCGAGGUCGGUCGGAUGUGUUUCGCUGUGUGCGGAGAGCCGGCUGGACAUGGAGGAGGCUCCUUCAAGAGACUGGAUCAGGAGCUGCAGGGAAUGUCCACCAGUCCUCCUCCCCUGCUGGCCGGCAAGGAGGCAGAUGAUAAAGCCUGCUUUGUGUACACAUCGGGGACUACAGGUCUCCCAAAGGCAUGUGUUAUCAGACACACCAGGUUCUUUAUGAUGACUCAUGGUAUCCACCUGUUUGCCGCCGUUACACCGGACGACGUCGUCUACAAUUCACUCCCUCUCUACCACACCAGCGGAGGGAUCCUGGCCGCCGGGCAGAUGCUGUUCUGGGGUUCCACCCUCGUCCUGCGGAGGAAAUUCUCUGCCAGUAAUUUCUUCGUCGACUGCGUGAAACACAAGUGUACGGUGAUGUUCCACAUUGGAGAGCUGUGUCGCUACCUGAUGGCCCAGCCAGGCAGACCCACCGACACACAACACUGUCUCAGACUGGCCAUCGGGAACGGACUCCGUCUACAGAUAUGGAAGCAGUUCCAGAAACGGUUCUUCAUUCAACGAAUCAUCGAGUUCUACGGGUCCACAGAGGGCAACGUGAACGUAGUCAACUACAAGGGGACACCGGGGGCUUGCGGGACUGUGUCCGUCAUCAUCCCCGCCCUAAACCCCCUGAAACUGCUCAAAGUCGACGGAAAUGGCAAACACGUGAGAGACUCAAACGGGUACUGUGUUCUGGCGGACGUGGGUGAGAGAGGGGAGGCGGCGGGGCAGAUCAGCGUCAGACUCACCCACAGACGCUUCGACGGGUACGAAGACAAGAAGGCGACGUCGAAAAAGGUCCUUCGAAACGUAUUCAAACCGGGAGACGAGUUUUUCCUCUCCGGAGACAUAAUGAAGAUGGACGAAGAGGGCUACGUUUAUUUCUGCGAUCGGACCGGAGACACUUUCCGAUGGAAAGGGGAGAAUGUUUCUACGAUGGAGGUGGAGGGGGUCGUACAACAGAUACUGGACCACAGGGAUGUGACGGUCUAUGGGGUGGAGGUGCCAGGGAUGGAGGGCCGGGCCGGUAUGGCCGCAAUCGUCGGGACCGAAGAGACGGUCAACCUCGCCAAACUCCUGCAACAGCUGUCUCUUUCUCUCCCAGCGUAUGCCGUCCCUCUUUUCGUCAGGCUCAGCUCGUCGGCGACCACCACGGGGACUCUAAAGUUGAAAAAAGUUGACCUCCGUAACGAGGGAUAUGACGUUGACAAAGUGCCGGAUCCCGUAUUCUUCCUCCAUCCACUGUUGAAGACAUACGUCUCUCUUACCAAUGAGCUACAGGCUGAGAUUGCCAAUGGGAACAUUAGGUUGUAAUUCUUGACACAAGAUUUAUAGACUAUAAUUAAUUUAGUAGCAAACUAUUUCUCUGCACCUCUAAAAAUAAACAGA